GGCAACUGCAGCUCUGCAUCGGGUCCAUAAAGAUGUGCAGCACUUUGUUCAAACUGGUAUCAUCCCAGUGGGAUCGCGCGCUAUCAAGCCUGCUUUCGCUACAUUAGUGGGAACAAACAUCGUGUUCCAGGGAAGCCUCGCAUGGACACCUAAUUUCCUAGCAACUGUAGACUUUGCGACCACCAUUCAAAGUUACACAUCUCAAAAGGCUCAAGAUUACCUGCGGCCUACUCAGUGGAUUCUCUCCUCCACUUUCCAGACCAGCUUGCUUCUCGUCAUCGUGAGCCCCCACGAAGUGAACGUGUUGCUCCCUGGGAUACGAAGAAGAAAGAAAGUACGCCUUCACAUCUAUACACCAAGAGUGACUCGAUCGAUGAAGCCAUGUGAUGAUCUACAAUUAUACUGCAUUCCUCCAUUGCCAGCUAUAUGGACUGUACCCCCUGCGCUGACAACCCAGCUCAAUCUAUGGGCAGGUCAGCUCUACCUACCGAACUACGAGACGUACCGGCGACUUUGUGAAUUCCUAGGCAUACGCUCGAAAGAGACGAGAAGCGCUGUCACCCAGAGCGACGGGUUUAUCAAGCCAGUAGACCGCCCUAUAGAUGUAAGAUAUUUCUCAUCGUUCCACGAAAGUCCAGUACCUUCCCUCAAAGCUUUGAUUGGUUUACGUCGGAAGGGAAUGAGUUUCUUACCUACUCAUAUGGGGAAAUUGUUACAAGGGAGGUUGCUAGAUGAAAGCGACUUUGAUGCCUGAUGGACAUAC